AUGGAGUCACCACCUACUUACCCUGAAUCCCUGUUGGACCAGGAUGAUGUGCCUUACGCCUGUAUGGCAUGUGGGGAGAUCUUGGAAGAAGGGAAAGCUUUCGAGCUCUCCGGACAGAGAUGGCACAUCGAUUGUUUCCGGUGCAGCACUUGCAACACGCUCCUCGAUUCGGACGCUCACCUCUUGCUCCUCGGCGACGGCUCACUGAUUUGCAGUAACUGUACAUAUAGCUGCAACUCGUGUGGUAACAAAAUCGAGGACCUGGCUAUUCUUACAGGAGAUCAGGCAUUUUGUGCACAGUGCUUCAGAUGCAGAAACUGCAAGAAGAAAAUUGAAAACUUGCGAUAUGCUCGAACAUCACAAGGUAUCUUCUGUAUGGACUGUCACGAAUCUCUGAUGCAAAGACGCCGGAAGAAAAAGUCUGCUGCGAAGAAACCAGGCGGACCAGGUUUCAAACUAGACAAAUCAUUACCUUCCCUGCCAAAUAUGGAUGAGGUGCAAUCACUGGAAGACUUGCCUAUUGAUACAUACAUGGAGGCAACGACAGAUUCUCUUCAGGGCAAGCUCGAUGGUGCAGGCGUCCCGGAUCAAACAGAGACCACAGGUAAGGAAACAAUGAACUGUUCAAACCCAUUGAACUUAGGACUAAUUGAAUUCCCUCUCUUUUUAGACGGACUUAUUCUCCCUUCGAGCACCUACCGUAGUAGUCGUCACCUGGGAUCUCAACGUGAAAACGACACGGACGGAGGCGAGCUUCUGAUUCCACUUACCUUUGAUCCCUCUGAGAAUCAGCGAACCUCUCCCCGUGUCGCACCCCCUCCAACCCAGGAAACCUCGCGCGACUACUUCAAUCAGGCUCGAUCUGGUGAUCCCUCUCACGGCCCUGAGACCACAUCGGGGUCUUCAAUGGAGACCACAUCGCCUCAUAUUGCGUACCAGGAAAAAGGCUGGGAACGCACUGAUGCAGAUGUGCCUAGGCGUGACUUGGAAGGGACGAAUGGUUCAGCUGCGAAAUCAUCUAUCACCAACAGCAUUAAUAGACCUGAACAUACCGCAUCCGCUCGCAGCUCUCGCUCCGACCUGCCACUUUCAUUGCGAGAAACUAGCGCCUUUUCUGGGGCGACUAGCCCUGAAAGUAAAAGGUCAAAGGAGGAUGCCAUACGGCCAACUCUGGAUACAACGAUGUCUACACGUCCGUCAAAUGAAUUACGCCGACUACAUGAAUAUGGAUCAACGGAUUCGUCUCAUUCACAACCUUCUAUCAUGGCAUACCCACCAAGGCGCAGUGAUUCACUCAACACCAAGCUUCAUGAAAUCCCACGAAAAAAUGUUGAGGCCUCGCCGAGUUCCUCAGUCUAUGGAUCCCCUACACUACCGGACAUUUCUGCCGAGAUUUUGAAACGGAACUUCAGCCCAGCCAAUCCGUCGCUGCCAGUUACGCAGCGAAAAGACAGCGCAGGCUCCUCAUCUCUACCUCAGGGGCGGUUCAAUGGCAGCGAUUCGUCACAGGAUGAGGAUAUCGCACGGUUCAUCGGAGUUGAUGAGUCGCUGAAUGGCCAAUCCAACGAUGGAUUCUUGCGACGGGUCUCAAACUCUGUCCGCCAUGGCCGCAGCUACAGCGACAAGAGUGUGCGUCUUGGAAAGGAUGGGAAAUUCCAAAAAUCACCAACGAAUGGAAGCUCGGAGAUCGGUAGUCCAACAAUCAGUACUUCUCAAAACGAGGAGAUUUCUUGGCUACGAAAUGAGCUGCAAAAAGAGCGUCAACGAGUUUCAGAGAUGGAGGCAGCCCUCCGCGCCACAGCUGAUGUUAAGAAAGUCAGCACCGAGCUUUCGGAAAAGCGAUCUACCAUGGUCGUGCUUGACGCUCAACGAGAAAUGGUGCUACGUGAGCUGACGGUACUCACGGAGCACUUGGAAGCAGAGAAGCGCGGGGCUAUCGGUGGACCAUUGGAUCUUGGCAAGCUUUCAAACCACGUUUUGCGGGAGCUUGCUGAAUCCAUCCAGAAGCUGAAAGAAUCAUACUCUCCACAAAUCGAGGCGCUUAUCCAAAAACGCAAUGAUCUAUCGGAGGAACUGGUCGACAUCAACAACCAGAAAGACAAGGCUUUUCAGGAGUUUGAACAAGUCUCAUCGAAGAAUGCUCAGCUAGCUGAGCUGAACAAUCAGCUGGUGCACCAGAUCCAAGAGCUCUACAAAGUCAACUCAGACCAACGUAGUGCCAAUGGUCUCGGUAUUGUAUCAUCUCAUAGCAAGGAUAAAUCCGUCAACUCCCUGGAUAGCUUCAAGACUACAAUGAACGAUCUGACCCCGUCGCUUUCAACUGCACACAUCUCGGAGGGAGAGCCUGCGACUGCUACGAUUAUGCCCGGUCCACAGGUUGUCAACAUUCGCAAGGGCCAACCUCGCAAGUUCAACUGGAAGAAAGGUGGGCAAAAUGUUGCAAAGGGUGUCAAGGGUCUCAAGGGAGCCUUCAUGUCCAGCGAUGCUGUCGGACCGGAGCCCGUUGGUGGAUUGCCUCGCUCUCAGACUCAAGAUCCUAGUCGCCAAGGCUUCGGCUUCUUUGGCAAUCAGAAAAGCAAGCAGGGCGGAAAGAUGUCGCAGGCCGACAGCGUCCCGGUACUGACUGAAGCUGCAGGUGCUCUCUUUGGCGUUGAAUUGGAGGUCCGUAUGGAACAUGAAAAGAGCAUCAUUCCAGCAAUUGUCACUCGGUGCAUUCAGGAAGUUGAAUUGCGAGGUAUGGACAUGGAGGGAAUUUACCGCAAGUCUGGUGCCGCAUCUGCCAUUCAGGGUAUCAAGGAGGGUUUCGAACGGUCUCCGUUUGAUUACGACAUCUCGGAUCCCGAUCUUGACAUUCAUGCUGUCACAUCCACUCUGAAGCAGUACUUCCGCAAGCUGCCCAACCCUCUUAUCACCUACGAAGUUUACGAGAAUGUUAUUGACUCUGGAGAUUACCCGGAGACAGCCGCCCGCAUUGAAGUUCUGCAAAAGGGCCUGUCAGAAUUACCACGUGUGCAUCUUGAUGUCCUGGAGUUCCUCGUCUUCCACUUGAAGCGUGUGGUUGAACGCCAGUCAGAGAAUUUGAUGACUAGCCAAAAUGUUGCCGUCGUGUUUGCUCCCACCAUCAUGAGACCUGAGAGUCUGGCUCGGGAGAUGACAGACGUGCAAAAGAAAAAUGAUGUUUUGAAGUUCCUCGUCGAGAACUGUAAUGAUGUGUUCAACGGCAUGCAGGGCUAA